CACACACAGAGCAAGGGAUGGGGUGUCCCAGCCAGCAGGGGGCAGCACACACACACACAUACACGCACACACACGGCAAGGGAUGGGGACCUCACAACUGUCGCUCAAGAGCCAGAUCAACCUGCUGUAGCUUUUCUAGUGCGCUAUAGGUUGGAGCGUGGGGGCUGGGAGCCAGGACUCCUGGGUUCCAGCCCCAGCUCUGGGAGGGGAGUGGGAUCUAAUUGCGGGGGGGAGGGGGAGGAUUAGCAGUGCUCACUGAAAAUGUUUGUAAGAGUAGUGUCUGUUUAACAGCCUCACAGCAACACUGCACGGGGAUGGCUCAUCUGGUGCUGGGAUGCAGCCAGCUCUGGGGUGGGACAGCCAGGGAACAGCCGCAUGCAGUCAGUCAGUGCUUUCCUUUCCGAUUAACGAGUGCCUGGGCCAGCACGCGCCUGGCACGAGGAAUCAGGGAUGUAAUUGGCAUCUCUUCCCACCGUAGGAUCAGCAAUAAAAAUACUUUACAGGCUAUUAACUGCAGCAGGAACUGGUCAAAUAGCAAGUUCUGUAAACAGCUCUCAGCUUGAAAGCACCGGAGCAUUCGGCCCCCGCUGCCAAGAGAAAGAGGCACAGCUGCUACGGCAGAAAAAGAAACAAAUUGAUCGAUGAGCGUUUGCCAGGAGCUGUAUUUAUCUGAGAGAUCUCAAGGGGAUGCAGUGCCAGAGCGUGGCACAGGGGGGGCUGGGAAUCCGGACUCUUGGGUUCUCCUCCAUUCUGUCCUUCCCUAAACUGUGCCUCAGUUUCCUGCUAUGGUGUGGGUGCGAGUGACUUAAUACCUGUAAGGGGUGGGGCAGCUGGGAAUGCCUUGAUGGGCCCUGAGAUGCAGGUGGGGCAGUUGGGGAACAGUUGCACACAACACUGCAUGGGGAGGCCUAGCUUGGUGCUGAGAUGCAGCCACCCCUGGGGUGGGGCAGCUCAGGAACAGCCACACAUAACGCCACAUGGGGACAGCUCACCGGGCCUGAGAUGCAGUCAGCUCUGUCAUGAGAUCAUGUUGGGGGUUUCCUGGAGGAGCACAUCAGAGGGAGAAAUUCACUCUAGUGAGUUGACCUUGCCUUCCUGUGUGUCUCUAAAACCACGUUAUCUCUCCCAGCGGAAAUAGCACACAGUCACGGAAACAAACAGAGCGAUAUGGAUCUGGGGGGAGUUUGCUCAUUGAGCUUUGUAUCAGCCACCAAAAUAACAGGCCCUGACAACUGAUGGGCUGACAGCAGCGGGGCUGGGCGCUAGGACUCCUGGGUUCUAGCCUUGGCUCUGGCAAUAGGGGAAACCACUAUGUUGGCAGAAAGCACCUAUUGCACACAUGGAUGCCAUGCUAUGCUGCUUUUCACUAACAAGGGGGGGAUCCAGCUGCUUUUAAAGGAGUCCCCAAGAAACGCGUCUAGCUCUGGGGCAGAGCAGCUGGGGAAGAGCCGCACAGCGACACUGCACAGGGAUGGCUCACCCAGCACCGAGAUGCAACCACCUCUGGGGCAGGGCAGCUAGGAAGCCACCAUGCAGGGAUCGAUGAGCAGCAGCUGCCUUUGUAGUGGGGAAAAUCUCCUCCCAGGAUGAGGGGGUGAGUCCCAUUUAUUGGCUCACAUUGUGGCGCUGGGUGUCUGUCCUACUUUGGGGUCCCAGCUCCGGGUCCACACAGAGGGAUCCACUCCCCAUGGGGGAUAAUCCAGCCGUGCCCCCGCCUCAGCAGCUGUUCUCUCCCUCUCAGUCACUCCAGCUGGGGGGCACGAGGCAGAAGGGCCUGUGGGGCAGGGUGGCCCCCUGUGCCUCCCUGGGUUUUUAUGGCUUUAUGGCCCAGCCACGUAGCCAGGGGAUGAAGCUGCCCUGGUUGAACAAUUCCUUCUGGGCAAUUUCAUCCCACCUGGGAGCAGGCAGAUCCACGCACCCAGCGACUGCUGGCAGAGCUGCUCGCCACAUCCCCCGGGCCAGGCCAGGCAGGAACACAGCUGUGGGAAGCUGAGCCAGAGAGCCCCAGCUGAGAUGCCUCCCUCCUCCACCCCUCGCUGAGCUGGCACCAUGGAUCUGGUGGACACCCUGGCACUGGCUGUCUAUUCCGUCACCAUCCUGCUGGGCCUGCCCGCCAACAUCUUGGCGCUGUACAUCUUCUACCGCCGCGCCUGUGCCCGCCUCACCCCCAACCUCAUCUACAUGAUCAACCUCUGCCUCUCGGACCUGGCCUUCGUCCUCAUCCUGCCGCUCAAGAUCCUGGAGGUUGUUCCGCCGGGCUGGUCCCCAACAAGCUUCCUAUGCCCCCUCUACAGCCUGGCCCACUUCGGCACGCUCUACGCCAGCACUUGCUUCCUGACGGCGGUCAGUGCCGGGCGCUACCUGGGCGCUGCCUUCCCCAUCCGCUACCAGCUCUACAAGAAGCCCCUUUACUCCGGCCUGGUCUGUGUGGCCAUCUGGACCGUGGUGGCCUUUCACGGCAUCCUGCUGCUCAUCCUGGAGACUUCGCUGGGCGCCAACACCACCCUCUUUAUGGGCAACGGCAGCGCAUGCUACCAGGAGUUCAGUCCAGAGCAGCUGGCCCUGCUGGCUCCUGUCCGCUUGGAGCUCUCCGUGGCUCUAUUUUUCCUGCCCUUGGCGAUCAUGGUCUUCUGCUACGCUAGCUGCAUCCAUGUCCUCAUCAAGUCCCGUCUCCACGAGCAGAAGAAGCGCCGGGCGGUGCGGCUGGCUGUGGCCACGCUCUCUGUCUUCGUGUUCUGCUUCGGGCCCUAUAACCUGUCCCACGUGGUGGGCUAUGCCCGCGGCGAAGACGUCUGGUGGCGCAGGGUGGCACUGCUGCCCAGUGCCUGCAACGCCUUCCUGGACCCGCUCAUCUUCUACUUCCUCUCCUCGGCCAAGGACCAGGGCCUGGCCUGGGUGUGGCACUCAAUGGGGCAGCGUUGCAGCUGCUUCUGGCAGAAGAUGACCAUGGCUCACAAGGAGGCAGGCAAGGGGCAGCCGGAAAAGGGGGCUGCAUCGCUGGGAAGUACAGGCCCUGAGGUGGGGAGCUCCAAGUGACCAUGGGACAAGGAGACACCAAACUCUGUUGGGACAGGAUUCGGGGAGAUUGGCAACUUUGGAUGGGGUAUGGGACCCAGCUGCUCAUGAACCUUAAAAAUUCCCCACGGAGCUGGGAAAUUCAUGACCAUUACAGAUUUCCCAUGGCACCCGGAACCUCCAAUCUUGGAUAGGACACAGGACCAAGGAUCGGGAAAUUCAUGUCUUUACAGAGUCCCCGACCUUGGAUGGCACGUGAGUCCAAGAACCGGGUCAGUACACAUCCUCCUUAGGACAAGGAGGUGUCUGGUUUUGACAGGACUAGGAGGUGAGGUAGCCGUUUUCCACUGCAACAUGGGUGCAUGGUCAUGACCUUGACCAUUAGUGGUCUUGAAAGACCCCUUAGGAUGGGGACAUCCCUGACUGGGCUGGGACGGAGGGCAAGGAGAUGCCAGGUGGGGUGUGAUGGCAGGGUCCAAAUUUCUUGUGGUCAUUUCAUACCCCCAUGGGACGGAUCCUGCUGUGGGAGAAUUGGAUAUAGAGGAUGAUCCAGACCCCCUCACCCCCAUAGGGUGAAAUAGACUGUACGGCUAACGCUGCUGCUGGGAAAAUAGACUAAACUCUGUCCUGUAGAUCUGCGCUGGGUGAGCCAGUCUAUGGGGUGUCACUGUGCAGUUAUUCCCCAGUUGCCCUGCCCCAGAGGUGGCUGCAUUUUGGCACUGAGGCCAUGAUUCCUACCCUUUGUGGAUGGAGGGUGCUAGAGAUAUGUCCAAGGUAACUGGGAGAUCUGUGUAACUUGGAUGUAGAAAUAUUCCAAAACACAAUUCAGGGGAAAUCCUAAAUCUCCUGUCAAUAAAGUCCCAGCUCCUGCAAGAAUGUCCCAGGACUGAUUAAUGAGUUAAUAGGAACAGAGUCAAUGGAGCCAGAUCCCAGCUGGUGUCAAUGGGCUGUAGCUCCAUUGGAGUCAGUGGGGCCAGACCCCCAAGCUGGGGCCAAUCGGGAUCACCCAGGGGUCUCACCACUCCACCUGAGCACUGACUCUUUUGCCCAGUGGCUGUAAAUUGCAUUCCACUAAUG